ACCUACUGAGGCUUAGCAGGAGCUGCCUAGCCAUUGACAAGGAUUUUUUCCUCCUUGCCUCCUCCCCUGGACGAGCUCCCCAGGACGAAGAUGCUGCUGAGCCUGUUUGCUCUGCUUUCUGCAGCCCUGCUAGCCAGAGCAGCCCCUCCAACUUGCUACUCCAGGGUGUUAUCUCUGAGCAAAGAAAUCACCGAGUCCUUCAAGGAGCUUCAGACCUCCAAGGCUAAGGACCCAUGCGUGGAGACCCUGCCCAGGCUGUACUUGGACAUCCAUAAUUACUGUGUGCUGACAAAACUCCGUGACUUUGUGGCCUACCCCAGAUGUGAGAGAGUGCUGGAAGUGAGUGAGCUGAAGGAAAAAGCCCGGAGCCUGUACACCAUUAUGAUCUCCUACUGCAGAAGGGACUUGGCGUUCCUUACUGAUGACUGUAAUGCUCUGGAAAGUCCCAUCCAGUCUUCCAUUGAGUCCUCUGAAGACAUUGACAGCUAAAAUGGAGUCGGCCCCAAAAUUGUACCUGGGAAAUUUUCAAGGAGACCAGGAGUUAAGAUACAUGUAACGUUGUCAGCUACAGCAUUAGACCUUUUUCGAGCACACUAGCAAGAUUGUCACAGACCUACCCAUUUUUCUCAGCCUUGGCAGGAAAUGAACCGCAUGCCUUAAAUACCUGCAGAACUCCUAGGGAAAGCUAUGGUUAGAAAGCAGUUUUUUAUUUGGCAAGGUAUGAUAUUUCAGCUUAGCCAAAUGUAUAAAGUAUGUUUUGUUUAAACACUAGGUACUAGAUUUUUAAACUCUUCUAUGAGUAACUAGAUUAAUAGAUCAUACUACAUUUUCUAUAUUCUAUCCUAAGAAGUUCUUUUAUUAGAUUGGUUUGAAAGGGACUUUGUUUCUCUUAAGACAUUUGAUAGAAGUGUACUUCUGUACUGACAGACUUCUCUCUACUUGUAUGGAUCAUAUAUGUAUGCUGGUAACUUUUGAUAUCAGACUUGUAAGAAUAGAAAUGAAAGUAUCUUGCCUGAGUGAAAAAUUAAAUAAAAAAACUUCUAACCCAA